ACCCGACUGGAGUGCAGCGCUGAGAAGUGGAACCCCCAACCAGAAGUCACCUGGAGGGACAUGAAUGGGGCAGACGUGACGUCACAGUCCACAAUAAAGUCAGAGCGGGACUCCGAGGGUCUUCUGAGAGUGAGCAGCGUCCUCCCGGUGAAGGAGGAGUACAACGUGUUCAGCUGUCUGAUGAGAAGUAAAGCACCAAAGCCAGACUGGCACUCCGGACUUGGCAUCUACAGUUUCUCCCCAGGGGUCUCUGGCUGGUUGGUGGCUUUCUGUGUCUUGUUGGUUCUUUGCUUAGUGGUGACUCCCCUGCUGGUCAUUCAAUGGAGAAGAAUGAGAGAAACAAACACCAGAUAUGAUUCAAUAGUUGGAUUCCUUCCUAUAUGGCUUCUGCACAAGGAAAUUGAAAAGUCACAACGCGUCACCAAUGCAGAAUGGAGGAGAAUAUGCAGCUCAGCAGCUGAUGUCACUUUUGACCCUGAGACUGCAGAUCCAUAUCUCAUUGUGUCUGAAGACAGAAAAGAAGUGAGACACACAGACACAUGGCAGGGAGUGACGGAGAACCCAAAGAGGUUUAACGACAGCCCUGAUAUCCUGGCCAGAGAAGGAUUCACCACAGGGAGACACUACUGGGAGGUGGAGGUCGGGGGGAAGACUGAUUGGUUUUUAGGAGUCUCCAGAGAGUCGGCCAACAGGAAGGGGGAUGUUUAUCUGAACCCAUAUAAUGGAUACUGGACUGUGUGUCUGAGGAAUGAGAACGAGUACACGGCUCGGAUUGGCCGUCCUCUCCCCCUUCCCCUGAGAGUGAAGCCCCAGAGAGUGGGGGUCUUUCUGGACUAUGAUGAAGGUCAGGUCUCCUUUUACAAUGCCCAGUCCCGCUCUCACCUCUACACCUUCACAGACUCCUUCACUGAGCCCCUCUAUCCAUUCUUCAGUCCUGAAAUUAAUGACGGUGGUAAAAACGCAGCCCCUCUGGUCAUCUGCCCCCUGCGCACACACUGACCCCUCUGUAUUAAUGUCGUCUGUCCAUCUCUGAGCAGCACAAAGCCGAUGGAGACUUUCUUUAACAUUCAGACCACCGAACUCAAAGCCCCCCUGAGGUGUCCUGCUGUUUGCUGCUCGUCUGAUUU